UCGAGUGACUACGACAAAAAUUCCUUCGGGCGGAUUAUACCAGCGACCUGCCAACACAAUACUCGAUCCCAUCUUUGCAUGGUGUAACCAGGAGACAACACAUCAGAGGCUUGCGCGGGAUGGCCAGCACCAAGGACCGACCGCGGGCGCGGUUUGCUCCCAUACCCAUCGAGACGACGUUCGAGCGAUACCGCAAGACAUUACCGCCAGGCGAGCCAACACCGAGCCCGUCUCCGCGUUCACCGUCCCCGCCGCCGAGAGAGAAGCGCCGGUUUGCGCCCCAGCUAGUCGAAUCCUCGGUGCGCCGUUCCAGACGAGCCGGAGACGAGGGGCCCGCGACCAAGCCCACAGAUAAGACCGACAUCACACCGUACACAAAUCACAUCUAUGCGCCCAAAGCACGGAAGCGGUUCGGCAAUGGAGAGACGUUGCCGGCGCAAAAGGGGCAUGGGCGCCGGGAGUCGUGUGACGACGAGAUUGCCGGCGGUCACUUCGACCUGGUUGCCCGCGAUGCGCAGCAAAGGAAGCUCCAAGAGGUGGCCAUGAGUGCCUUCCCAAACAGCGGGCAGAGGAUAGGCGGCGCCGAGCACUUCUAUGUGCGCGAGGGAUCUGAGGAUGACGGUCCCCGGGGACGGCCAUUGACGAGAGGGCCAUGGAAUCCGCUACAGUCACGGCGGAACUCGUCCGAGGAGGACAUCAGCUGGGCCUUCAAAGAGAUGCAGGAGCAUGCUCAGAUGGUCCUCAGGGCGAGGUCUAGGAGCCGCAUAGACUCGAUCGACCUCGAUAACAUGAGCAUUGACGGCCCGCCGAGCGAUGCCAUGGGCCUUACGAGCAGACAGAGGUCCUCGAUAGCCAGCUCUCCGCUAUGGACAUCCCGAAGACCGUCUUCGGGCUCCCUGGCCCCGAUUGGGGAGUCACACAUGCCACUUCUCCGUGCGGAAUCACCACUUGCUACCAUUGGCGAGUCCACGAUGCCGUACAUCCCUCCCGAGUCGCCGCCGCUCCGACGUAUCGGCGAGGGCCACAUGCCUUACAUCCCCUCCGCUCCCACCGGCCAAGCUGGCGACAUGCCGUAUGCGCCGGCCUCGCGAAUCCCCGCUGAGACCAGCUUCGGACACCACGCCGCCUUCCUGCCUCCCACCUAUGGCCUACAAGAACGCGACAUGUCCCUCGAACUUGCGCGCCAGCAACACCGCCUCCGUCUGAAAUCGUCCCCGCCCAUGCUCGGCACGGACCUCACCUUCCGCAUGUGCCCUUCGCCGAAGCAAACCAAGCUCGAGCCAAACCAUCUCUGGGACGUAGCGAUGGGCACCACCAAGGACGACCACAACCGCGAUCCGACCGAGCAGCACGGCCUCUGGCACGGCUACUGCUACGCCAAUACCCAGAACGGGGACCUCGUACGCAUUGAUCGUCCCCAGAUGAUCAUCACCCCGUUACCGUCCAGCAGCCCCAAGGACCACGACCCCUUCGCGCACGCCUUCGGCGGCAUGACGCCCUCCCUCACCGAUGAGCCCAGCAGCACGCUGGACGGCACCACCCGCGCCGCAAGCCUGGCCUCGCAGCCGGGAGGAGGAGGAGGAGGAGGAGGAGGAGGAGGCGGCGUGAUGAUGCCGGAGCAUCGCACCAAGUCGCACGAGCCCAAGGGCCUGCACAUGCUGCACAACCUGCACAACCUGGACGAGAAGCUGCGGCGCGAGAAGGAGGCCGCCGAGCUGGAAGAGAAGAUCGCGGCCGAGUUCGACGACCACUUCGUCACGCAGGUGUACAAUUACCUGUCGCUGGGCUACCCGGCCACGGCGCGGCAGUACGACGAGGAGCUGAGCAAGAUCAGCCGGAUCGGCGUGGAGGAGCUGGAGCGCGAUGACGAGGCCAUCAUGGAGGGUCUCUGGGGCCAGGAGGAGCCCGGAGUUGACAGCGAAAACGGAAACGAAACAACCGGGGAGCCGAAGGAUGCGGAUGCGAGGAAUAAGAAGGUGAAAGCUACGGGCCAUAUCAUGCUCGACAGCGAGGCCAAGGACGGCGUGCGGGAGGAGGACCGCUGCUCCCGCUGGAAGGCGCUCAAGCUGUAUAUCUACGAGUGGGCGCGUCAGCAUCCCGACCUCAAUGCCAUCAGCCCGCUGGCGUGGGGCGUGCAGGAGCGGAAGGGCAGUUGGGGCGUCUGAGCUCCGCUUUUCGUUUUCUUUCCUCUUCCUUUUCCCUCUGCUGGGCGUGGAUUGCUUCUGGCGCGGCGGGGCAUUGGGGCAAGAUACUCGACGUGAACCUGGUCUUAAACAUAACAUAGCGAGGACUGAUUGCUUGGUCCUUUCGACCGCCUUUUAUUUUCUUUUCUUUUUUUCUU